CCCUCCUUUCCUUGCCUCCUCUCUUUACUGUCAUUCAGGCUGUUGAGGCCUGGAAGAUGGCUCCUGCUCCAACUGCUGCUUCCGCAGCGAGGUCUUCAGCAUCGCAGUCGACAAAGACGCCUGUCAGAGGCAGAGUGUCGGCUUCAACGCCAAGGAAGAGCGGCGAGAAGGCAACGUGCAGCAAUGGCACAACUCGCUCAACGACAUCGAGGGUGGAGAGAAUUAGACAGCAGACGGGCGUAGGAUACGUGGGGCUGAAUGUCAGCGAGGAUGAUCUUGAGGCUGUAAGCGAUGGUGACCAGCGCAGCAUCGUGUGGUUCGACAUAGACAAUACCCUCUACCACAAAUCCACCCGAAUCGCCGACUUAAUGGGCGAGCGCAUCCAUGCCUACUUUCUCGGCCUCGGUCUACCCCCAGACGAGGCCGGCGCUCUCCACCAGCGAUACUACAGCGAGCACGGCCUUGCUAUCCGGGGCCUGCUCAAGAACCAUUCCGGCAUCGACCCGCUAGACUACGACCGACGCGUAGACGGCUCCCUUCCGCUCGAUGGUCUCUUGAAACCAGAAGCAGCCCUCACCUCCCUCAUCGAGGAUCUGGACCGGUCAAAGUGCCGCGUCUUUGCCCUCACCAACGCAUACAAGACGCAUGCCCUCCGCUGCAUCAAGCUUCUGGGCCUCGAGCACCUCUUCGAUGGCAUAGUCUACUGUGACUAUGCUGCUGGACCCUUGUUCUGCUGCAAGCCAGACAAAGGGUACUUUGCAGCGGCGGCGCAGAUUGUGAGGGUCAAUGAUGCGAGCAAAUUCUUCUUCGUGGACGACAGCGCUAAGAAUAUCAAGGCAUCUGCAGGGCUGGGCUGGGGCUCAUCUGUGCUUUACAAGGAGGAUGAACCGGUCGAGGUAGAGCGUGCUGUUGGUGGCAAUGAUGAGGGGGAAGGGAAAGCAGUGAAGGGCGUCAAUGACAGCUUGAUGGCCUUAGGUAAUGGCGAAGCGCUAGACGAGGAGGCGAUCAAGCAGAGGAUCCGCUCACUUUCGCGACCGAUGCGUAUUAGGCUGCUGAACAUCGUGUUGGAUGCGGCGAUGUCUGGCGACCUGCUGAGCAUCAAACGCACCAUCGAGGGCCAAAUUGGGGUGACAAAGGACAUCAUCAGCAACCUGCCAGAGAGGCUGGCGGUGCUCAUCUUUGAGAGGUUGGCGGUACAAGACCUUCUCCGCAGCGCCCUGGUCUGCAAGAGAUGGCAGUCCCUCACUGCUCAUCCAGACAUAUGGCGGUCCCACGCCCUCGCGCUGACUGAGACCGAUGCAAAGGCCCUCUCUCCUCCCUCCGACCCACGGUCAUGGCGCGACGUCGUGCAAAAGCUCUACAUUCGCGAGCGCAACUGGUCGCGUGGGCUCGGGCAGGGCGUCCAGUUCUGCAGGGGGCACACAGGCUUUGUCACCUCGAUGAAGCUGCGCGGCCGGGAUACCCUCGUGACGGGCAGCCAUGAUGGAACUCUGCGCGUAUGGGACUUGUCCGACUCAAGCGUGGCCCCUAUUUGUCGUCGAGUCAUAAAAGCAGACAAGAUUGCUUGCCUCGACUUCCUCGUCGAUUCCUCUGCCUCUUCAACGCCCAGCCUCCUUGCUGCCGGCCUCUACGACACGGGUCGCAUUCUCCUCUUCGACCUGGCCACAGGCGCCCACCUACACACCCUUACGGGCCAUAAUCGGGGCAUCCGGCAUGUCGCUAUUGAUUCGCGACACGUCGUCUCCGUCGGACAAGACAAAGCCAUCUGUGUGUGGGACCACAGUACUGGCGAACGAGUAGCGCGCUUUGGCCAGCAGGCCAACGUGAGUCUAGGCGUGUCGCUCGUGGGGGACGACAAGUUGGUGGCGGUGACUAUUGAUGGGGUCAUUAGGUGCUUCUCUAUUGCGGGAAAGAGAAUGGUGGGAGAGUAUCAUCUGGCGAAGCUGGGUAGAGGGGACACGAAGUGGGGCGCCAUGCUCAAGGAUUUCACGGCUGCAGGCGGCGAGGCCGGGAUACUGACGUGGUUCGCGGCGCAUCGGAACUCGAUAACCGUCGCAAGCAAGACGACCGUGGUUCAUUUGGAGUGGGCGGAGCACAUCGAGACGACAGGCUCCGAAACGCCAUCAGCGCGAGGAAGGCGCGACUCCACUGAGUCGGCUGUGAGCACGACGACGACGCCAAGCAGGACGCCAAGCAGUGCGACGAGGAGGACUCGGACAACUUCCAACGCCAGCACAGCCUCCACCUCGACGGCCACAACAAGCGCAUCGCUGGCUGCUAGCCCAUCUGCAUCGCGCCUGCGAGCUUCGCGCGCUUCGCUUGGCGGUACUGCGCCAUCAACCCCCUCCUCAAGUACAACCAAGCGCAAGAGUCUCGUUGGUACAGGUAGUGGCUUGACUCCUUCGUCGUCGAGCAAGAGCCUGUCUUCCAGCCUGUCAAGUAUGACGCCGUCCUCUUCAGCUGCUUCCCUUCCCUCUCCCUCGAGGCGGAACGGGAGCGGUAGCACCGCGGCUGAUGCGAUUGGCGAGGCAACACGUACCGACGGCCAAGUCGAGACCAAGAGUCGCUUUGCUCCCAAUCUGGCCGUACCGCCCAGGAUCGUGAGCGUGCUUAAAACUCCGGAGGUCGUGACGGGAGCUGUGCAUCCGCAGAAGCGUCGCGUCAUCUGCUCCACCCGGUUUGCCUCGCGGGUCCCCCCUGAAGAGCGAAGCAUCUACGUCAGCACCUUCGACGCCUCCUCGCCAUCCGCUAUCGCCGAUGGCGGAGCAGCCCCCUCUGCCAAGCUUCGUGGCGCUUGGGCAAGCGCUUCAGGCGAAGAGAACCUAACAACGUCAGAGCGUAACCCUAUGUGCAUCGAGGUGGACGACGAGAGCGUCGUCGUAGGAUGCAGUGAUGGAUUGGUGUACAGGUGAGUGGCACAAGAAGGAGAUCAGAUGAACAGGAUGAUACUCACGCCCGCCCUUCACGACACGUAGGGUCAGCUUCGCCGGCUCCACGUUCAAUGGCUCGAUCAAUGGCGCCGGCAACGGGCUCACGACGGCAGUAGACGCAGCCUCAACCUCGGCGACGGCAGCGGCGGUA